AAACUCAAAGAAACAAUGUGCAACAUCACCUUCUGCAAUGUGGAUUCGAAUAUAGACCAGUUCUUCCAGCCCACGCUGUACAUCAUCGUCAUCGUCCUUGGCUUCCCCACCAACUGUGUGGCCCUGUGGGCUGCCUACAUGCAAGUGAAGCAGAAAAACGAACUGGGAAUUUACCUGAUGAACCUUUCUGUGGCAGAUCUCCUGUACAUCACCACUCUGCCACUUUGGAUCGACUAUUUCCUCCACCAUGACAACUGGAUCCAUGGGCAGGAAUCCUGCAAGCUCUUUGGAUUCAUCUUCUACACCAACAUCUACGUCAGCAUAGCUUUUCUCUGCUGCAUAUCCGUGGAUCGCUACUUGGCUGUGGCCCAUCCGCUCAAGUUCACCAAGGUGCGACGCAUCAAGACAGCCCUGGUGGUCAGCUGCAUGGUCUGGGUCAUGGAAGUAGUGGCCAACUCAGCGCCACUCUUCCAUGACGAGCUGUUUAAGGACCGCUUCAACCACACCUUCUGCUUCGAGAAGUACCCCAUGCAGGAAUGGGUGGCGGGCAUGAACCUGUACCGUACCUUCCUGGGUUUCUUAGCGCCAUGGGGUGUCAUGCUGAUGGCUUACCGUGGCAUUCUGAGAGCGGUGCGUGGGAACAUCUCGACCGAGCAGCAGGAGAAAGCCAAAAUCAAGAGGCUGGCCCUCAGCCUGAUUCUGAUCGUACUCCUGUGCUUUGCGCCGUACCAUGUGCUUCUGCUGUGGCGUAGCAUGCUCUUCCUCAGUAAUCCCUGUGACUGUAGCAUGGAAGAGACCCUGUUCGCUGCCUACCAUAUCACACUGGCCCUCACCAGCCUCAACUGUGUGGCUGACCCCAUACUCUACUGUUUCGUGAAUGAGGGGGCGCGUAACGAUGUUAGCCGUGCUUUUGCCACUGUCCUGGCUGUCUUUAACCGCGGCCAGGCUACCGAGACCCUAAUGGGGGCCUCCAUAACUGCAGAGACGCCGCUAGCAUCUAAGAAAUCUGGUCUUUAUGGGGAUCUCAAUGUGGAUGUCUGUAAAACCAACAAAGACGUGCUCAAAGAGGAAUGCCUCCAGAUGACCAUACUCACUGUUAGGAAGUGA